CUCCUGCAGGCAGCCAUGAGAUCCAGCCGCCCUGAGCUGGGUGCCCAGGAACCCCUCAGUCCCUGCCCUCAGCCCCUGUCCUGGAGCUCCUCCAGCCUGCCGGGCGAGGCCAGCACGGGUGCCGAGGUCCCGGAGGAGGAAGGGCGCCAGGCUGAGCGUGAGGAGCAGGCACGGGCCUCCAGCCCCCGGCCACAGCCCAGGGCCAUGGGUCACUGGCGGAGCGGCACUGUGGGCAACGUGUCUACCGUGGGCGGUGGUGACCUGUGUUGCCUGUGGGACCCCAGCACCGCCGCUGUGCAGAGAAGCCACUCAGACCUGGUCUGCAGCACCCAGACCUGGGGCCACAGCAGUGCCCGAAAGGCCAGCCUCAGCUGCUCGGCCCUGGGCAGCUCGCCUGUCCAUAGGGCUCAGCUGCAGCCCAGCAGCACUUCUGGCCAGGGUGGCCAAGCCCCCGCAGGCCUGGAAAGGGACCUGGCUCUGGAGGAUGGGACUUCAAACUCAGCCUGGACACUGGAGGAGAGUCAGGUGUGGGUGCCGCCACCUGGCCUGGGGGGCACAAUGACCCACAGCAGCAGCCUCAAAGCCACUGGGCAGUCGGCCACCACCUCCUGCUAUGCUCUGCCCCCAGCAGCCCUACUCUGUGGCAUGAGGGAGGUGGGGGCCAGCAGCUGCUGCCAUGGCUUGCCUGCCCCAGGGAUCCUGGCCUUUCCUAAACUAGUGGCAUCAGUGAGUGAAUCUGGGCUGCAGGCUCAGCAUGGGGUGAAAUUCCAGUGUAGGUUGCCUGUGGGGCUUCCUGGGCAUUCCCACUGCUGUGCGUACCCUUGGGGUCCCACCAGGUUAGCUAUGGAGGCUGGCGCCAGGACCAAAGAUAUGUGGACCAUGACCUCAGCAAGUGACUUGGCCCCCAUCUUGGCAUCACCUCUGUCAGCCCAGGAUGCUGGUGUGCAAGCGGCCCCCAAGGCAGUCUGCAAAGCUGUGGCCACCAGCCCGCCUCUGGAGGCCCCUGUGGCCCUGCACACAUUCCCGGAGGUAACUCUGGGGUCCAGCCUGGAGGAGGUGCCAUCCCCUGUGCGGGACGUGCGAUGGGAUGCUGAGGGCAUGACAUGGGAGGUGUAUGGAGCUGCAGUGGACCCUGAGGUACUCGGCCUGGCCAUCCAGAAGCACCUGGAGAUGCAGUUUGAGCAGCUCCAGCGGGCCCCUGCCAGCGAGAACAGCCUGUCUGCGGAGGGCCGGAGGGGGCCACUUCAAGCUGUUAUGCAGUCCUUGCAGUGCCCCAGCUGCUGCGGCUGCUCCAGUGCAGCCCCUGAGUAA